AUGUUUUCUGAAGUGGCCGAUUUCAACUAUAGCUCCAACACAAGCGAGGAGUAUCCCUACGCUGUUCCGGACCAAGAAUGGAGCGACGUACCGGUGGGGAAACUCUCCAGGACGGGGUUCAAUGUGAUGUCCGUGUUUUUGGGAUCUAUUAUGAUAUUUGGUUUUCUGAACAACUUUAUCGUUCUCAUCUUGUUCUGCAAGUUCAAGACCUUGCGGACCCCGGUGAACAUGCUACUUCUCAACAUUAGUGUGAGUGAUAUGCUGGUCUGUCUCUUUGGUACCACGCUCAGCUUCGCCUCAAGUGUUCGCGGAAGAUGGUUAGUCGGGCAAGGUGGUUGUAUGUGGUACGGCUUCAUCAACUCCUGCUUUGGAAUCGUGUCCUUAAUCUCGCUGGCCAUGCUCUCCUACGACCGCUACAGCACGUUAACCGUGUACAACAAGCAAGCCCCCGACUACCGCAAGCCCCUGCUGGCCGUGGGAGGGUCCUGGCUGUACUCUCUGCUCUGGACAGUGCCCCCCCUGCUGGGCUGGAGUAGUUACGGACUGGAGGGGGCAGGGACGAGCUGUUCGGUCACAUGGACCUCACAGACGGCGCAGUCCCACUCUUACAUCAUCUGCCUGUUCAUCUUCUGUCUGGCCCUGCCCGUGCUGAUCAUGGUCUACUGCUAUGGGAGACUGAUGUAUGCCGUCAAACAGGUGGGGAAAAUCCGAAAGUCAGCAGCUCGCCGGAGAGAGUAUCACAUCCUUUUCAUGGUGAUCACCACCGUGGUGUGUUACCUACUUUGCUGGAUGCCCUAUGGCGUGGUAGCCUUGAUGGCAACCUUCGGAAGACCAGGCAUCAUCACGCCGAUCGCCAGUGUGGUGCCCUCCAUCCUGGCCAAGAGCAGCACUGUCAUUAACCCCUUAAUCUACAUACUCAUGAACAAGCAGUUCUACAGGUGUUUCCUGAUUCUCUUUCGCUGCAAGGGGCAGUUACCGGAGAAUGGCCUCUCCUCCAUGCCCUCCAAGACCACGGCCAUCCAACUCAACCGCAGGGUCUACAGCAACAAUGUGGCCUGCACUGCCCAGCUCUCCCCUGGGAACCACCAGCAGGACUGCAGCACCCUUGUUACAGAGAAGUCCAACCCCCCUGAUGUCACUAACUGACGCCCCAAAAAUGCCCCCACUGCCCCCCCUUCCCACCGGGCUGCCAUGUGGCACCUCCUGUUUCCUCUAUGGACAAUCUCACUGUGAUUUAUAACAUAGUCUCAUA